UUCAAGUACAAAUUCCGAUCGACAUUUAGGAUCGAAAUUCAGUGGUAGCACCAAAUAAUUGGAGGAUGAUGAUGAUGUUUUUGGAUUCAAAUCUAAACCAAGUGAGGACCAGCGUUCCAGAUACUGAAGGAUUUAUUGUGUUAACUUUUCAUCAUACAACCUCAUGAAGAAGAAGCUUAUCCCAAAACCCCCCAGGGGUGAGAUCUACUUCUAUCACGUGGCAGUCUGAGUUGGUAAUCAUCUUACAUUUUAUACAAGUUGAGUUAUCUGUGCUUGGUAAUGAAGUGGAGGACAAGGUCCACAAUUUCUUCGAGCAGGGCAACUUGUCCAAGAGGCAGCAUUAGCCACAAGUUGCUUGUGGAAAUUGGCCUUUUUUUGACACCAAUACAUGGGCUCGAAACCAAAGACAGAUUGAGAUCCCUUCCAUUUUUGAUUUGAAGAAUUACAAUCCCCUGAUAUCAGAUUCUGCGGUAGGCAAUGAGUGGCACUUUUCAGAAAUGUGACCUGGCUUAGGUAUUGCAUGAUUGUCGCUACGCCUGAGUUAAGUGUUAGGCAAUCUGGAAAUCAGCAUCUGAGUUUGAAUGGGUCGUUUUUGCAUGAGCAACAAGGUCAUACAGAACAGUAUCGGGGUGAGUUUCGCGGAGGGUGUGCAAAAUCGGGUACAUAAUCUUGCAUCGAGAGGCUUAUCAUUUCAUGAACCUUGUCUAAGGAAUGCUCCAGAACUCAGUCCUGCCUUGUCAAGAACUUAGAACAGUCAGAAAUUGGUCAUAUGAGUUUUAAUUUCCUCCGUGGUCAACAACAGAUCACGAGGGCCCCACAACCAGGGAUGCCGCUACAUGGGCCAAGGCUGCAAAUGGGGGUUACUGACAUGCAGGCAUGGGAACAGCAAAUUAUGUAUAACCAGUUGCAAGACAUUCAGAGGCAGCGGCAACUAGACCAAGAAUCAAGAGAACUGAACCGGAUGAACCAGCUAUCCGCUGCCUCAAAUCAGUUAACUGGUGAUCUGUUACCAAGACUUGGUAAUGAGUUAUAUAUUGACAAUGCAUCUAGUAAUUUCUGGCCAACCGAGCACAUGAGAGGUGAUUCUAAAGUACCGAUUUCUUCAGAAAUGCCUACGAUUAGUAACACAAACUGGUCCCAAGAUGGUGGUUCCUCUGCAGCGCAAAGAUACCCUGCUGGGCUUAUUUCAUCGUUUGAGCAGGGUCAGGUACUACAUUCAAUGGGGUGCGUUCCUGAUCAGCUUGAUCAGUCUCUAUAUGGUACUCCAAUUGCUAGCAUAUGGGGUGGUCACAGUCAAUAUUCUAAUAUUCCUGCUGACAUGUUAACCAAGGUGAAUGCAUCAGCUGAUGAUUUUCAUUGGAAGCAGCAGCAAGCAGAUUGGCCUGAAAAUACACAGGAGAACAAUGGUUUGGAUGCUUCUUCUGGUGGUAGUAGCACCGUUACAGGAGGCUAUGAACCCUUCGAUGGGUUUUCUUCUAUGCAGAGUGGAACCUGGAGUGCACUGAUGCAGUCCGCUGUGGCAGAAACUUCUAGUAAUGACACCGGGAUACAGGAUGAGUGGAGUGGUUUAAGUUCUCAUACGACACAAAUGCCAACUGGGGCUCUGGAUGCAACUACGGGUGGCAGUUCAAAACAGCGAAAAGAUUGGGGUGAUCAAAAUAUGCACCAUGUCUCUUCUGUGACUUCAAGACCCCUUCAGUUGUUUGAUGAUUCAACUAUGAAUCGAAGCGGUGACAGUGCCUCUUGUGAAUAUGCUGGCCAGCCUCCUGCAGGAUCUAUCAAAUGGUUAAAUCAUAGCUCUGAACAAAUGCCACACACACUUGCUGAAGAUAGUUAUCCAGUGCAGCCACGCAUGCAUCCAGAAAAAUCUGCUGGAGCAGCUUGGCCUGGUCCAAUUUAUGAGGAGUCAAAAAAUGCUACUCAUUUUGGGAACAUAGGGUUAAAUGCUCAAAACAUGGAUGGCUUUUGGAUCCAAGGGCAUACAUUUUCAUCUGAUAACACUGAAAGCCAAAGUCGGAAUAUACAGAAUGGUUUGAGUACGAGAGAGAUACCGCCGGCUAAUGGAUUUGUGUCACUGACAGUGCAUGAGAACAAUAGCACCAUGCAACACAAUCAAACGAAUGAUCUUAACAUAGGAAUGCAUCUGGUGAGGGAUCGUGAUGGUGGGAUGUUGAAUGGUUGUGAUAAUCAUGAUGCCAAGAGAGAAUCUUCUUACAUGGGGAAGUCUACAGCUGGCCCAAAUUCAGACCUGGCCAAGGUCAAUCAGCCAGCAAACCUGCAGGUCCAAAAUAAUAAUCAUAUUAAGUUCGGAAACCAUGUUGAUUCCUUGGUUAAAAACAGAGGAGAUGAUAUUAUGACAAAUUGUCAAAAUCAGGGGAACAAGAAAGAAAUCUCUAAAGAAAGCUACAACUCUAACCGAUCACAUCAAAUUAUUCCAGAUGGUCCAAGAGAGAUUUUGUUGUCAAGUCCUAGUGAUUCUCGUUCUUUGGGGAAGGGUAACAAAAAAUCCAUGAGUCAAGUUGGUCGGAAGGUUUCUGGGGUUCGCAAGUUUCAGUAUCAUCCAAUGGGAGAUUUGGCUGCAAACGUGGAACCUGUUGACAAAAGGGUUCAGAACCUGUCACAGCAUGUCAGAGGUAUGGGGCAAGGUUAUUCUGGUUACGGCAGUUCUGCUCAAAUAGUUACUCAGGGGCAGACAUGGUUAAAUCCCACUUCUUCUGUGCAGCCUUCUAGUAGAGGCCAUUGGGACAGUAAAUCUGGUAUAUCUGGUGAAGCGAAUGAAACCUUGCAGCAAAAGAUACCUGCUGGAACAUAUACAGGCACUUCACCAUAUCAAAGACAUCAGGUGCAUCGUCAACAGGUUGGAUCUAGUGCUAGUGAAAACAUAAACACAGAUCAUACUCCUGGGACGACUAUUAAAAUUCCGCCUUUUAAUCUUUCUCAGGUGCAUCACUCUCAGCUGACGGGCAGCGAGUUGAGGGUUCCCGCGGCACCUCUCCCAGUGCUGGAGUCUACACCUGUCUCUAGACCUUCUGCCUCGUUGGGAGUUUCACUGGGUUCAUUUCCAAUGACUUCAAAAAAUUCAUCCAGUCUCCAGUGUCUGGGAAGUUCAGCACUUUCCAUUAAUACGCCAAAUAGGAAUAUGGGAAGAACCUCAUGGGUCCAGAAACAAGAUUAUCAGGGUACCAGGAAAACGGGAGAUCCAAAGCACUAUACCGAUGGGGAAGAGCAAACUGGGAAGAAAAGCUCCUUGCAAGAGGUUCACCUUGGUCGAGACACGUCAAGUGCGUCCCGAGGGCAAGAAUCUUCUGAAAAGCAUCUGCUUGAUGCAAACUCCAUUGCUUCAGAUUCUUUGCCGGUCCCCCCUCAUCAUCAGGCACUUGAUAGAAGAUGUGGGAAAGAUCCAAUCUUAGUCCCACUAACAGAUUAUGUUUCCCUUCAGAACCAAAGCAGUUCAAACAGCGGGUUUGAAGCCUGUCGCCAAUCGCUAAAACAGGCACAUGUACCACAGCAAAAUUUGUCCCUGGCGCUGCAAGUGCAAAAUAUUGAGCAUACAGAGACAGAUCCUGAUGUGAGCUCUGCAAAGAGAUUCAAAAGAUCAGAUGCUGGUCAUGUUACUCAGCAGAUAGCCACCCUUAAGCCUGAUCAGCAACCUUUUGAUGGGAGUAAAAACAAUGAGGUAAUUGUAACUGCCAUGCAGAAGUCAUUUUUAUCUGAAAAUGGCAGAGUUCAUAAUUAUACAUCAGAGGUAAGAGAGGAUUCAAAUUCAGCUCAACACAUUCCUGAAGACUUACCAUCUCAAGAUGUAUCUGCAUUCAGUGGUCGUAAAAAAUUGCAAGACUGCUCUGGUCAUGAUAAAUUUACGUCCACUAAACCUGAAAAUACCCAGAUUAGUCCCCAGAUGGCACCUUCUUGGUUUGAGCAGUAUGGUGCCUACAAAAAUGGGAAAAUGCUACUAGUCAAUGAUUUAAGGAAGCUAGAAGAAAGUAAUGGGCGUUUUCUCCCAGCAAAUUCUUCUGAGAGUUUGAACACUCGUAUUAUGAUAGAGCCUCCAAAUAUUUUUCGUACCAGUCAGAGCAUAGCCACCACCUCGGUAGCCAGUGAACGUGUUUCUCCUUCUCACUCUCUUCGCACAUGCUACACUCCUAUUGCGAUAGAGCCUGCAAAUGUUUCUCAUACCAGUCAAAGCAUAGCCACCACCUCGGCAGCCAGUGAGCAUGUUUCUCCUCCUCGCUCUCUUCCCUCACAGGUGACUGAUCAGAGUUUGUCUGUAAUGAAGCCAAAGAAGCGCAAAAGUGAAGGUUUGGAUCUUUUGCCAUGGCAUAAAGAAGUAAUGCGUGGUUCUCAAAGGCUUCUAAACAUCAGGAUGGCAGAAAAAGACUGGGCACAUGCUACACAUCGGUUGUUAGAGAAGGUGGAAGAUGAAGUUGAAAUGGUCGAGGAUGGACAGCAAAUACUUUUACUGCGAAGAAGGCUUAUUUUGACGACAAAGUUAAUGCAGCAACUCCUUCGACCCCCACCUCCUGCAAUUCUUUCUGCAGAUGCCACUUCCUCCUAUGAGUCGGUGGUGUAUAUUAUUGCUAAAGUAGCAUUAGAGGACGCGUGCAGCAUGGUUCCUAGCACAGGAAGUGAUUUGAGCUCAGCAGUGGACAACAGAAAUCAGACACCUGGAGAGCUUAAACUUUCUGAGAGACUGGGUGAUAAAUAUUUAUCGAAGUCAAAAGUUAUUGAAGACUUCACUGGUAGAGCGAAGAAGCUGGAAUCGGAUUUGUUGAGAUUGGAGAAGACUUGUUCAGUAUUGGACAUAAGAGUGGAGAGCCAGGAACUCGAAAAGAUUUCUGUCAUCAACCGUUUUGCCAAGUUCCACACCAGGGCCCAACCAGGUGGUGCUGAGAACUCAAUGUCCCCCGUCCCCCAAAGAUAUGUUAUUUCACUUUUAAUGCCCCGGAACUUACCCCAUGGGGUGCAAUGUCUUUCACUUUAAUCAAUCAAUAAUCAACCAGUUCAUUCCCCACUUCCCUUUAUCUCUCUCAUCUCAUUUGUCGUACUUGUAAUGCUGUUAUGUGUAAUCUGGAUGGAGAGAUUCAUGUAAAGAACGAGAACUAGCGAACAAGGUUAGUGAAGGGACUCGGAGUACUCUCUCUCUCUUGGGGGAGUCCAACUCUUAAAUCUGUUCCUCGUAGUCUCUCGUUCUGAUAGUUGAGGCCACCUAUGUCAUUUUUCAUCAGUAUGUACAUAACUUUAUAGCAGAGUCUCCAUGUUCUUGGCUUUUUUUUCUACCAAGGAAAGAUAGUAACAGUUCCUGUAUGAAGAUAGUAGAGAGACAGAAUGACAAGAAAAGUGAACCCUGAAUUCAUGUGGUUCGGUGAUUUGUUGUCCGAGCUGGAAAUAGGUGCUGGCACUUGUAUAAGGGAGACCAAUUUUUGUAUUGUUAUCAGAUUGUUACUCUCAGCAACAAAGCUGGUUAUCAGCUGGUUAGAGCGUGUGGACCUUAACCACAAGGUCACAGGUUCAAUUCCUGUUUUCACUUUUUCUUUUUUCUUGGAAUAAGAGAAAAGACUGGAUUAUAGGUGGGCAAUUUAUAGACAGAAUUGUAGAUUUCUAUGGUUGCUGAGAAACUAGAAGCAGAUUAUUGUAAAUUUUGCAGCUUUUCUAGUUCCUCUGUAUGAGACCUCUCUCCGAUGA